UUUCCAGCAUCCGAGCUCCUCCGUUGGUGGCCCUGGGCCGGUGACUCUUCCAGAAGUCUCUGAGGUUUUAGAAACAGAGAAGGAGGAAGAUGAGCGAGUCCAGCUCAAAGUCCAGCCAGGCCCAGGCCUCCAAGCAAGACAAAGACGGAGCUGAGAAGAGAGGGAGGGGUCGGCCCAGGAAACAGCCCCCGAAGGAGCCCAGCGAGGCCCCCGCUCCCAAGAGACCCCGAGGCCGCCCGAAGGGAAGCAAGAACAAGGGGACCGCCAAGGGACGGAAACCCGCCACGCCCCCGGCGAGGAAACCCAGAGGUCGUCCUAAGAAACUGGAGAAAGAGGAAGAGGAGGGUAUUUCCCAGGAGUCCUCAGAAGAGGAGGAGGAGGAGCAGUGACCCUUAGCCAUGUGGGGCUGCUUCACCCCGUGGGCACAGUGGCUCCUGGGAGACGAAUCAGAAAAACCCUCCCUCCCUCACUUCCACGAUACGCUCCCGGGCUCCUGGAAACGCGGUGGGAACCCCCCCCCCCGUGGCCCUCUGGGCCCGGG